AAUUUAUGUCUAGGUGCCUAUUAUAUGAAUCAGUAUCGAGGUUAUUGCUAGACAUAUAUAAAUAUGCUCUCUAGAUAUGCCAAUUCGCGAACACGCAAUGCACAGAAUACAGCGGUUCUGAAAAAUCUAGCAUCUACUUAUUUAUUUUACCAUUCACUUAGCACAAAUGGUUAAGUUUACGCUACCCGAGUCGGCCAGCGGCCUUCGCGUUGUACCGGACUCCCAAUUGGACCUACGACCAGAAGCCGAAAUCCUAGCAGAAUUACAUACAUUUCGACCCAUCACUUCUGAGAAAAAUGUGUGGGCUUUCUGGGACAAGGGUCUUGAUUUUAUGUACCCAAGCUACCGAUGCACCAUAUUGAACUGGGUGAGAAAGUUGGGCAGGUCAUGGACGAUUCGCGUGAUAGACCUCGUCGAGGGUUCGCCAAACAACAUCUACAAUUACGUUAGCAAGGACUGGUUCCCGGAUUGCUUUAUAAGCCGUACCAUGGACGGCAAACAUGCCGCACAACAUGCCGCCGACCUCGUGAGGUUACCACUGCUGUUCAAAUAUGGGGGCGUCUGGAUGGAUGUCGGAAACAUGUUACACACGCAUCUCGACCACUUAUUCUGGAACCACCUAACCGCCCCCAAUUCACCUUACGAAAUGGCUACCUGGAUUAUUACAGGACAGAUUCGGAAACAAUGGGGUAGCUUUGGUAACUACAUGCUAGCUGCGCGAAAGGGUUGCAUCUUCAUCAAGAAUUGGCACAACUGCUACAAAGAAUUAUGGAAUGGUCGUACCAACGCAGUUGACUUUCAUAAACUACCUCUGAUGAAAGAUAUUGGCCUCGCCGAAGGAAUGGCUGAUUGGUUUUCCGAGGACAAGGUCCGCGGGAUGAGCGAUUACGUUGCGCACAUGCUCAUCGGCGAUCGCACGAGGAAUUUACUCGACUUGAACACGGGGUGGAACGGGCGCGAAUUUUACGAGAAUAAAGUAUUUAUGGUAGAAGGGAUUCAAAAUGGCAUUUUGGGGGCGAUUAAGACGGACUACGACGGAGCUAAACAGAUUGAACUAUUCACCACCCCUCUCGACGAACCGGAUGCAGUAAAAAGGAAGGCGGCUGAAGACUUCAUCAUCGAGGUACUACAGAAAAGCCAUAUGUAUAAAGUUUAUCACAAUUCGGCGGGCGGGCUACCAGCUUUGGGAGAUCUAAUCAAGAAAAAGGGUUUCGAGGAUGCGGACCACAGGCCGGGCACAUUUGGUGAGAUGUAUAGGUACGGUACGGUUCAUUGGGAACCGACACGCGAAGUAGAGCGCGAAGUUCCGCAGCCAACCAACGAGGAUUUGAUUCGGGCCACACCUACAACAGCAGCUAUACGCGAACCGGACGAAAAGUGAAAUGAAGAUCACUAGAUAAAGGCCAAAUAUAUACACUUAGAUUAAUUAUUUUAUGAUUAAAAUGGCUAUAUUUGUUGACUUGAA